UAUAUCCGUAAUAAUAGAGGAAAUUGUUAUUAUUUCUUAAAACGGCAUGGUUUGUACUGAUUGACAAUAUAGGUUAUAAGAUUUCAUGAAUUUUUUAAAGUAAAUCUGAAAUAUCAAGAAAUAUGGAGAAUCCUGUAAUAAUAGAGGAACAACAGCCUGAGAAUAUUAUCGAGGAGGGAAAAGCGAAAAUCAUUUUGGAUAAGAAUAAUAUAUUUUAUAAUCCUGUUCAGGAAUUUAAUAGAGAUCUUAGCAUUGCUAUAAUAUCUCAAUAUAAUAAGGAACUUGAACAAGGUAAAAAAUAUGAUUCAGAUCUUACGAUUUUAGAGGCUCUCUCUGCAACAGGCUUACGGAGUAUUAGAUAUGCCAAAGAAAUACCAGGCAUUAGUAAGAUUAUAGCGAAUGAUAUUUCUAUGAAAGCAGUGGACACGAUUAAAAAAAAUGUGAUUUACAAUGACGUUGAAAAUAUUGUGAUACCAAAUCAAGAUGAUGCAACUAUGGUAAUGUAUAAAAGACGAAAGGAAAAAUUUGAUGUUAUUGAUUUAGAUCCAUAUGGAAGUCCAACAAUUUUCUUAGACGCAGCAGUACAAAGUCUUAAGGACAAUGGUCUUCUAAUGGUCACUGCUACUGACAUGGCAGUCCUAGCUGGAAGUUCCCCAGAAACAUGUUAUGUAAAAUAUGGUGCUGUUUCAAUGAAAUUCAAAGCGUGUCAUGAAAUGGCUUUACGAAUUUUAUUACAAAAUAUAGCCAGUCAUGCUGCUCGCUAUGGCAGAGUUAUCACUCCACUGCUUUCUAUUAGUGCCGAUUUUUACAUCAGAGUAUUUGUUAAAAUUCGGACUAGUCUAGCAGCUUGUAAACAAAAUACAAGUAAUUUAGGGUUUGUGUACCAAUGUACAGGAUGUGAAUGUUUCAGUAUUCAACCAUUAGGAUGUAUGAAUUCAAAAAAUAUGCACAAAUUCCCACGUGUACCUGUUGUUGAUAAGGUGUGUGUUUUUUGUAAACAUAAUCAUCGUAUGGGUGGGCCGAUAUGGAUAGGUAGUUUACACGAUAAGGUGUUUAUUAAUAAUAUUAUAUCUAAUAUUGAAAACGAAGAAUAUAAAAAUUUACAAAAAUUGAAUACUAUUAAGAGAAUACAAGGUAUUCUACAUGUUGUAAAAGAAGAACUUGAAGUGCCAUUAUAUUAUCAAGUUAACCGAUUGAUGUCUAUAAUAAAAUGUCAUGUACCACCUAUGGUACUGUUUCGAUCCGCAUUGCUUAAUGCUGGAUAUAAAGUAUCAUAUUCACAUGCAUGUAAAACAUCUGUUAAAACUGAUGCGCCAAAUCAAGUAAUUUGGGAUAUAGUAAGAGCUUGGGAAAAAUUAAAUCCAGUGAAGCGAGAAAAGUUUGAUGUAUGUAGUGCAGGACUGGCAAUACUCAAUUCUGAAAUAAUAACUAAUAUUUCUUUUAAAAAACAUCCCGAUGCAAUACCAUUUUCAAUUCAAAAACAUCUAAUGCGAUUUCAAAUGAAUCCAAGUUCUCAUUGGGGCCCAGGAACAAAAUCUACUGCAAUGAUUAAAAAUGAACACAUUCUGAAAAAGAAAAUGAAUCAAAAUAAGAAAAAAAGAAAGAACGAUAUAAUUAAUGAAAAGUUGAAUGCAGAAAAGAAACGUAACAUCUUAGAAGAGGGCGUUUCUGUAGAAAACUAAAGGAAAAUUUUAAUUCUUUGAACAAAAAUAAACUCUUAAAUAGAAUUUUAAUA